AGAGAAGAGAGAGAGAGAGAGAGAGAAAGAGAGAGAGAGAGAGAGAAAGUGAGAUAGUAACUAACCUGCAGAUGAGUAUGACUCGCCAGGUGAAAAUAAUCCACCAAAGGCAUCAUUCUCCCUUGCCAAGGAAGAACAACAAGAAAAAAAAAACAAUACAACAAAAAGCUAGAUAAAAGAAAAAAAAACACAGAGGAACACUUGUUUUGUUUCCUCAAGCCCAUUCGGCCACGCGCGUCACGCUCCGAAAUUGUAAUCGAAAGAAAGAGUGUUUGAUGGGGGUGCGUGCGUACGUGCGUCGGGUGCGAGAGAGAGUGUAUGAGUGUGUGUAUGUGAAAGAGAGAGUGUCGGGGUGAUGUCCAGGGCCCUCAGUCUAGCACGCGGGAGCAGGCAGAUCGCACGCGGCCGCUCACUCUCCACUCCUGCUACCUGACGCGGGGAUCUCGGGGCAAAUUCGGCACGUUGAGGGGAAAACUGUCACUCAUUUGCAUAAGCAUAAUGAUUCGCAUUAAGCUUCUAGUUCCUUAGAUAGAUUUUUUUUUCUUUCCUGAUGUUACUUACUGGAGAAUUCUUUUUGAUAAGAAGGAAUUUCAGUACGGUAUGAUUAGCUUAAUUGGACAGAACGAAGUGACGAAUGUGAUAUGUGUGUAAAGACCCGUAAAACUAAUUGAAAACCAACUAAAACAGAUACCAGAUACCGGGCUGAUUCGCUGAUACCAUCCAUCAACCCUAAUCGUUCGCAUGAUAUUUAUGAAGACAUGUGAUCGUUCUGCACAACGCAACCCGCAAAUACCACAUGGAAACGCAGUUGGUAUCCACAAGUACCAAGAUAUAAAGAUAACACUAAAAAAACAAUCGUCGAGGAAGCAGUGCCUGGUUGAGUGCCUCAUCGGAGAUCAGCUGACUGACGCAACAUGACCGAGACUGGCACUCUGCGGUGUCUCUUCACCUUGGCACUUGUCAUUGCCGCAUCGCACGCUCAGAGACAAUGCGGUGUCAGUCGCUUCAACAAACACAGGCAACCACGGCCUUUGAACCAAGACGCCACAGCCUACGGAGACAGCGGAGGAGACUACAACUACAACAACAACGAUGACGACAGCUUCACGCAGGAGCGACUAAGAACGAAUAACAGAAUGAUGGUUUUCGAAGACACGUCGACUGGCCGCAUUGUAGGGGGCAAGGAGAGUACACCCGGAGCAUGGCCCUGGCAGGUGUCUCUCCAGCUGAUUCAUCCUCGCUGGGGUCGAAUCGGGCAUUGGUGUGGCGGGGUCUUGGUGGACGAGCGCUGGGUGGUCACCGCCGCCCAUUGUAUCAACAACAAGGCCUUCAGCUUCACCCAGACUGCUGCCGUGUGGCAGGUUGUCCUUGGAGAAUACGACCGCUCCGAACUCAGCGGUCACGAGGCUGUGCUCGGGGUCGUCACCGUGGUUACUCACGACGACUUCAAUGACUACCAGAACGACAUUGCCAUGCUGAAGCUGAAGGAGGACGCGGUGUUCAGCGACCACGUGCAGCCAAUCUGCCUCCCGGACACCGACGCAGGGCUGGACAACGAGACUUUCCUGGGCAUCAAGUGCGUGGCCACGGGCUGGGGCAUGCGAAUCCACGGGGCGCGCCUUGAGAACCGCUUAAAGGAGGUGUGGGUGCCCGUGGUCAACAACAGCCACUGCUUCAAGAUCUACGGCAUGAUGCACAGCAUUCCCGUCAAGGACUACCAUGUCUGCGCUGGCUUCACCCACGGCGGCGGCGGCCAGGGGACGUGCAUCGGCGACUCCGGGGGGCCUCUGCAAUGCAACAUGCGCGACGGCCGCUGGUACCUGGCCGGCGUCACCUCCUUCGGGUCUGGGUGCGCCAAGCCGGGCUUUCCCGACGUGUACACGAGGAUCACGUAUUACCUGCCGUGGAUCAAGCAGCAGAUGAGGAUCUACAGAUGAUCCCGGAAGGAGAGAAUGCGGAGGAGGGCGACGUCGGGGAGCGGGAUGGAGGGUUCUGCGGCAGGCGAUUGCAGGCUCCCUCUUGCAGUAGAUGAGGAACAGAUGCAUCCAGGUCGUCUGCCACGCCGUUAACCAGGUCGUCUGCCAUUUCGUCUGCCAUUUCGUCUGCCAGGCCGAUUACCAGGUCGAUUUGAUGCCUGGUUGGAGCGGGAUAUCAAGUACACCCGAGUGAUAAACGGGUGUAAUGAGAAGGGUGUAAUCAGAUCUCCCGAACCGUGAUACACGUUCACGUCCAAACCACAGCGAUUAGCAAUUAAUCAGAGAACAAAAUAUCAGCGGACUUUCCCUCUGUUGAUCUCAAUUGCGGAAUCCAUGGCUGUUACACUGUACGAUAUUGUGAUUUUCUCCCCUGCUUGUUGAUAUUUUCCCCCCAACAAACAAGAGCGUGAGGGGAUGGCCAUUUUCGCCGUCCUCAAGGUGGGAAGAAUUAAUUAAUUCAAGUAUGACCAACAGAAAUGAAAGAAAAAAAGGAAGUGAAAGAAGGAUCGCUGAAAUGUCAAAGUGAAUAAAGAUACUUGUGGACGGAACAGUUUACGCGAAAGUUCACGAAGACAAAUACAGGGAACGCCAUAUAAAAGACAGCUUUGUGAACCUUGUAUAUUGUCUAAAAAAAAAGAUGGAUAUAACAGAACCAUUAUCCAUAACACCACAACUAGUCAAACGGAGACAGGGAGUAGAGGAAACUUUAAGGAUCAUUAGUGAAUGAACUAAACGUGAUAAGUUCAUAUCAGUUAGAAAAAACAAAAUUUCUACACUGUCUUGUUUCUUUAUUAAAUCUCCAUAGAUAUAUCACACCGUAGAUAUUUUAUUGUUUUCUCUCUCUGUAAUGAUGAUAAAUCAUUGAAUGUUGUAUGUUAGUCUAUCAGUCGCUUGUGUUGAUGUAAAUUUUCUGAAAGGCAAUCUGCUUCUUGAACGAAUAUAGUGCAAAUUUUGUUGUCAUAUGAACCUCAUAUGAACAUAAAUGUAUCAUCCCGAACAUUCUUUUAUUGUGUUUAUUGUAUCACAGUCAUUAACCUCGCAAAAUUUGCUCAUCGUCAUUGUAUCCUUUUUAUUUGUGAUUUUGACCAA